AGUCCCACGUCGAUCAUUGUGCGGAAUCUCAUUAUAAAGUCCCUGUACUCUGUAGCCACUCCCAAAUCUACGAGCUGUGGUUUUCAUCUCUUCUCGUUUCUAUCACCCAACCUAAGCAACUAUGGCCAGAAAAUUCUUCGUCGGCGGCAACUGGAAAUGCAAUGGAACAACUGAGGAGGUGAAGAAGAUUGUCACCAUUUUGAACGAAGCUGAGGUCCCUUCUGAGGAUGUUGUAGAGGUUGUUGUGAGCCCUCCCUUUGUAUUUCUUCCAAAGGUAAAAGGUAUACUGAGACCUGACUUCCAGGUUGCAGCACAAAACUGUUGGGUUCGCAAAGGUGGUGCUUUUACUGGAGAAGUUAGUGCUGAGAUGCUGGUGAAUUUAUGUGUACCGUGGGUCAUUCUAGGCCAUUCUGAACGAAGAUCGCUUUUACAUGAAUCAAAUGAGUUUGUUGGGGAUAAAGUUGCAUAUGCACUUUCUCAAGGUUUAAAAGUGAUUGCUUGCAUUGGUGAGACACUUGAGCAGAGAGAAUCAGGAUCCACAAUGGAUGUUGUUGCUGCACAAACAAAAGCAAUAGCAGACAAAGUAACCAACUGGGCUAAUGUUGUUUUGGCUUAUGAGCCAGUAUGGGCCAUCGGUACAGGGAAGGUUGCAACACCUGCUCAGGCUCAAGAGGUCCAUUUGGAAUUGAGGAAGUGGCUUCAUGACAAUGUCAGUGCUGAUGUUGCAGCCUCAACAAGAAUUAUCUACGGAGGUUCUGUAAAUGGAGCAAACUGCAAAGAGUUGUCUGCAAAACCAGAUGUUGAUGGAUUUUUGGUUGGUGGAGCUUCUCUUAAGCCGGAAUUCAUUGACAUAAUCAAGUCCGCCACUGUCAAGAAGGAGUGAUUGAGGUCCACUGAAAUCUGUCGAGUUACUUGAAUGCCCUUUUAUCUAACUCGGUGCAACCAUUGUUAGCUGUUUUUCUGUUUAUUGGCCCUUGCUUGCCCAAGGAAAAGGAAUAAGCCAGUCCUUUAUUAUCGGCCUUUAUCCUAAACCAAGGAUUUAUGACCUAUGUAGUUUUGAGGGUGUUUUGUUUUGUAUGCAAUUGUUUUAUUUUUCCUUCAUUUGAGUCCUCCUCUUACAUGUAUUGAGCAAGGUCCUCAGUCCUGUUGGCAUUGAGGUUUUGGUGCUUGAAGUAGAAUAAGGACAAAGAUGUGUAGUUAAUUGACAUGGCAAAUUAUUUUGAAUCCCUGGGGGCAGGCAUGACAGGGUUUAGUUGUAUCCUUCAAUGUUGUAAAACAAGGUGAUUGUGCUA